AUGAGGCGUUUCCUGAGCAGAAAGGGCCGCUUCUCCCUGCGCCAGAGCAAGUCUGGAACCCGGAGUGCCUCCAAAGAUUUCUAUUAUGAUCCACAGCUCCAUGUCAGUGAUUUCCCAAUCUAUUUUAGAGAACUCGGCCUCCCAGCCACCAAUCAGAACUGGCCUGAGGCGUUUGGCUUCCGACUGGGUGGCACUGGGCCCAGCUACAUCCUGUCCGUGGUGGAGGGCAGUAGUGCCUACCUGGCUGGGCUGCAGCCCGGAGACCAGGUGGUGGACAUCGAGGGCCAGGAUGUGACCAACCUCAGCACACCAGCACUGGUCGCUCUGGCUCAGACCCUCAAGACGGUACCACCCAGCAUCGGAGUGGUGUCCCGUCUCGAGCAGAUUGACAUCAGUCCCGGCCCGGAUGGCCGUUUUGGCUUCACCAUCGUUGGCGACAGCCCUCUGAUGGUAGAGGACUGCAUGCCCAGCGGUCCGGCUGGACGCAAUGGCCUCAAGGCUGGGGACUACGUCAUGGAGGUCAACGGCAUCCCAGUGAAGCAUCACGAAACUGCAGCAGCCAUGAUCAAAGCGGCUCAGGGUCGGCCUCUGCGUCUGGGCGUGCUCAGUAUGGCCCGGCGGCCCAAGCGACUGAGCAGCAGCAUGAGGGUGUUGUCGCAGAGCGGUGACAGCAUCAGGGAGAGUCGUGCCCACAAGGCCAUGGAGUUCAAUAAGAAAGUGGAGGAAGUGCUAGGAGAGGAGCCAGAUGUGAAGGAGCAGCUGUUUGAGGUGCUCAAGCAGUACGCUGCAGAGAGGGAUGUGGAGAGUCUGGCUGAUGCGCUGCCCGACAUCUUGAUCACAGAGGAGCACCAGCAGCUGAUCGACAGUGUGAGGAUCUUCAUUCCCAAGAAGCACCGGGAGCGUUUUGACGAGGUGGUUUCCCAGAGCCUUUUGAGCCGGAUCAAAGGGCGGAGCUUCAGUGACCCAAGCCGCAACCACCUUCGCCGCAGCCGGAGUGAGGAUCACCCCGAACGCCUUCUGGUGUCCACCCGAGCCAGUUCAGUGCCACGCACCCACGCAGAGGAAGGCGUGGUCCCCCCCGCCCGCGGCAUGCGCAAGACCACCUCACUCAUAGCUGGUCACUCCACUCAUAUUUCUGUCUUUAGGACAGUGAGAGUGUGUAAGGGUAACACCAGUUUUGGCUUCACUCUAAGAGGCCAUGCUCCAGUGUGGAUUGACUCUGUCAUCCCUGGAAGCCCAGCAGACAAGGCAGGUCUAAAACCAGGAGACCGCAUCCUGUUUCUCAAUGGACUGGACAUGAGGACCUCCUCCCAUGAGAAGGUGGUGUCCAUGCUCCAGGGCAGCGGUGCCAUGCCCACUCUGGUAGUGGAGGAUGGUCCCCCUACUUUCACCCUGGUAGAGCAGGACCUGGCCGGGGGCAGCAUCCCCACAGAGCGUGCCCGCUCCCCUGUGCUCAGCUCGCUGCAGUGGGUGGCAGAGAUUCUUCCGCCCAGUAUCCGGGUUCAGGGCCGCACAUUCGGACAGCAGCUGGAGCACCUGCUGACCAUCCAGGAGAGGUACACCAUUUGCAAGGCUCUGGAGAACUUCUUCCAGCACAGGAAUGUUGACACUCUGAUCGUGGAUGUGUUCCCGGUGCUGGAUACUCCCGCCAAACAAGUGAUCUGGCAGUUUGUGUACCAGCUGCUGACGUAUGAGGAGCAGGAGCACUGCCAGAGCAAGAUCUCACGCUUUCUUGGAUACAAAGCACCAGUUACACCUCCACCACCACCACCACCUCCUCCCCCACCUCUGGAGCCCGAGGUCGCCCCCGAGCCCCAUCGACGUAGCAGCUCCAUGAGGGUGACAGGGACCACGUACAGGAGCAGUGUGAGGGGACGUAGCUCUGAUGACCUGGUCAUUGGCACACACUUGGGCAUGGGCUUCCGUGUAGAGCAAGUGCUGGAGACAAGUAUGAGGUUGGCUCCAGGAGAGAGACAGUCAGGAGAUGGUACUUCCCUUCCUGAGACACCCAACAACCUCACCAAUCUGUCAGCAGUGUACGCUGAACUGGAGAACAUGUAUUCAAGCAAGAGGUCCAAGUCUCUGAAGAGUCGUCCUCCUCCCGCCCCCGAGAGCUUACUGGAUCUGGAGGCUCCCUCGCGUUCAGCCUCCCCUUCAAUACACGCUAACACAGGUAGCUUGAAGUCAGGUACCCGUAAAGACCUCCAACCCCCUACAUCCUGGCCCGAGCCUCUCCCCAGCCCUCCUCAAUCCCAGUUUUAUUCAUCAGGACUGACGAGCCAGACCAGUGCGGAGUCCAACCCCUACAUCAGCCUGGACAGCCCUCCUCCAUCACCUCCAGACCCCCCUGACUACCCAUGUACCCCCCCCGGGUACCGCAACAACAAGCGGCGUUACACGUUCUCCAAACCACCUCGCUCAGAAGACACAGAUCGCUUUCUGGAUGCACUGAGCGAGCAGCUGGGACAGAGGGUGGCCAUCAUUGAUGACUUCCUGACUCCGGAGAAUGACUAUGAGGAGGAGGUUGUGCAGAUUGGCUUCCCUGAUGAGGAGGAUGAGGAUAAUGAAGAGGAUUUGGGUGUGGACGAAGAUGAAAAUGGAGGGUUUGUGGCCCCAGAGCUCAGCAGUCCCAGUGAUGUUCAAAGCAGCAGUGGAGAAGAGAAUGCCUCCUCCCUCACCUACUCUUCCUCCUCCGACCACAUCCCUCCACCCCCGAUGACCCCUCCGCCACCCCCGCCUGUUCAGUUCAAUGACCCGCCUCCUCCACCUCCAGCACCUGCACACACUCAGUCUCAGUCUCAGCACCAGCAACAGCAGCAACAGCUUAGCUACACCCCCGAACACUCCCCAAGAGCUUAUGUGCCCAUCCGCCGCAAAUCUGGCCCCCCUCCUCCACCUCCGCCCCGCAAUAAUCCACCACAUAAACGGCUCUCCUUACAUAAAGUGCUGCCGACAAGAGAUGACCUUCAGGUCCAUGCUACCAUACAAGAGCUAAAAGCCUUCCAAGAGCAACAAGUCUACCAGGGAAGGCAAGCCUUCGAGGAGCAACAACAAGCAUACAAGGAGAGGCAGGCGUAUGAGGAGCAGAAAGCCUACGAAGAACAACAACUGUUCCAAGAGCAGCAGGCUUUGCAGGAACAACAGGCCUUUCAGGAGAAAAUGUUCAAGGAGAGACAGGCUUACGAAGAGCAGAAGGCAUUUGAAGAGCAACAAAUGUACCAGGAGCAACAAGCCUACCAAGAAAGACACGCAUAUGAACAGCGCCAAGUUUACCAAGAACAAAAAGCGUUCGAACAGCGUCAAGCCUACAAGGAGCAAAAAGCACUUGAGGAGCUACAGGCCUACCAGGAGCAAAAAGCUUAUGAAGAGCGUAAAGCAUAUGAGGAGCGUCAGGCCUUCGAGGAGCGACAAGCAUUUCAAGAGCAACAGAUUUACCAGAGCCACCAUUCGAUGCCUAACCAGCCAACACAGCAGAAAGCCCACUCACCACUGCCUCCCCAUCAACUCCACCAGUCCUUACCCCCACUCCCAUCUCCAGACUCCUCCCAUCAGCACGCUAAUCAUCCGCUGUAUAUGAUGCGCCAAGCACAGCAGCAACAGGCCCACCAGAUUCAUCACCACCGACGUCAGUCCCGUUCAGCCCCGCCUCCACACCAGGCAUCGCCCCAACCAACAGCCCACCCAAGCCAACAAGGUCAAUACGCUGAGGGCAUCUACCAAAGCCAUCAGGGGAUUAGACCUCAGGCCCACCAUUCCUCCGUGGAGAUGCUCCACCAGAUGCACCAAGCCCCAGCCCAUCACGCUUCUACCGAGCUGCUCCAUCAGUUGCAACAAUCCCAGGCCCACCAUUCAUCUGCUGAGAUGCUCCAGAUGCAACAAGCCCAUGCGCACUUCUCGUCAUCAGAAAUGCUCCACCAAAUGCACAAAACCAAGCCCCAUCAUUCCUCAACAGAGGUUCUGCAACAAGGUCACCAGAUGCAGCAAAUGGAGCCCCACCACUCCUCGACCGAACUUCUCCAUCAAGCGCACCAGAUGCAUCGGGGACAACCACUCCAUUCAUCCACUGAGCUACUCCAUCAAAUGCACAAACCCCAAGCCCACCACUCCUCCACAGAGCUGCUCCAUCAAGCCCACCACUCCUCCACAGAGCUGCUCCAGCAAGCCCACCACUCCUCCACAGAGCUGCUCCAGCAAGCCCACCAGAUGCACCAAACCAAGCCCCACCACUCCUCCACAGAGCUUCUGCAUGAAGCCCAGCAGGAGCCUGCAUCCCUCCCUUUUCAGCUGAACCGGGACAGCCACUCCCAUCAGAGUCGGAAAAGUCUUAAAGGUCAUCAUCAGAACCAAGUGUCACCGCAAGCGAGACACCAAGAACAGCAGAUCCUCCAAACCCAUCACCCCCAGCCAACCAAACCCUCUCCCCAAAGACCCCACUCUAUCCAGCAGACCCACCACCACUCCAGCUCACCUCAGAUCCACCACAUCCACCAUAUGACCCCACAGCCCCCUCCACAGGACUACCAGCACCAGAUCCAAGUAAUCCACCCUCCCCAGCAGCCCCACAGGCCUCAGCCUCUUCUUUCCACCUUCCAGCCGCUCCAGCCGCACCAGUCCACCCUCUCCUCUUUCCAGCCUCUGCCCCAACACCACCAAUCGCAGCACCAAGUCCAACCCUCCAUCCAAGCCACCCGCUCGCAGUCCCAGCCCUCACAUCACCUCCUGCAGCAGCAACACCAGCCCCAAACCCAGUCCCACCACAAGCAAUCCCAUGGCCAAAGUCAGCCCCAGUCUCUCCCGCACUCACUAUCUGACCCUUCAGAGCACCUGGAGCCCCCUCCUCCUCCACCCUUGCCCCCACCCUGCUCCCCUCCACCCUUGCCCAGACCUUUGCUCUCCAGGAUGGACUCCAACCACAUGAGUGUGAAGAGGUUGCGCUGGGAGCAGGUGGAAAACUCAGAAGGGACUAUCUGGGGACAGUUGGGAGCAAAUUCUGACUAUGAAAAACUGCAUGACAUGGUGAAGUAUCUGGAUCUGGAGCUGCACUUUGGGACACAGAAGAGCUCCUUGCUUGCACCAGAGCCAUCCCAGCCAGAAACCUUCAAAAAGAAAGAUGUGAUUGAAAUCCUUUCGCAUAAGAAGGCCUACAAUGCCUCCAUCCUGAUAGCCCACUUAAAGCUGUCUCCCGGUGAGCUGCGUCAGAUGCUGAUGAACAUGGUCACUGAUAGGCUGGAGCCAUCUCACAUUAAACAGCUGCUGCUGUACGCCCCUGAUGCAGAAGAGGUCAAAAAGUAUGAAGCUUACAGACAGGACCCCAGCAAACUCAGUGAGCCAGACCAGUUUGUGUUGCAGAUGCUAUCAGUACCCGAGUACAAGACCCGCCUGCAGUGCCUACUCUUCAAGUGCUCUCUACAGGAGAAGACGGAGGAGUUGAGGGGAGCGUUCGAUUGUCUCUACAAGGCUUCAAUGGAGCUGAAGACGAGCAAGAAGCUUGCUAAGAUUUUAGAGUUUGUGUUGGCAAUGGGGAACUACCUGAAUAACAGCCAGCCUAAAACCAACAAGACUACAGGCUUUAAGAUCAACUUCCUUACAGAGUUGAGCACAACUAAAACAGUGGAUGGAAAGUCGACAUUUCUACAUAUUCUGGUCAAGUCGUUAUGUCACCACUUCCCUGAUGUGUUAGAUUUUUCCAAAGAUUUAACUAUGGUUCCUCUUGCAGUCAAAGUGAACCUGAGGACUAUCACAUCAGAUCUGAAUGACCUUCAUACAACCAUCCAGGACAUCCGCUCAGCUUGUCAGAAGAUGCCGGCGACUGCUGAGGACCGCUUUGCUGUCGUCAUGAGUAAUUUUCUCGAAAACAGUCAUCCAGCAGUCCAGUCUCUGGAGUCCCUUCAACAGAGAGCUAUGGAGGAAUUCAGCAAAACUGCCUCUUACUUUGGAGAAGACAGCAAAACCACAAACACAGAGGCCUUCUUUGGUAUCUUUGCUGAGUUCAUGAACAAAUUUGAGAGAGCUCUUAGUGAUCAGCAAGCUGCAGAAAAUCAGAAGAGCCCCAGAAGUCCAUGCAUGGCCUCCCCACUGGCCUGGUAA